AUGGGAGGUAGCAGUUCCAAAGGGGCUUCGCCCUUUCCUCUCACAAAUUUCCAAGACAGCCUCCUUACGCCACCAGACGACACCUCGGUCCGCCAGACGUGGACCAUACUCCGCUCCGCCAUCGACUCCCACGCCCGCCGCUUCUACCACACCGAUUCCGUUUACCACUCGCGGGAGCAGAUUCGCGAGUCGAUACACGAGGCCGGCGUCGUCGACGAUGCGCAGGAGGCAGAGGACCUCGCCACUCUGCUGCACUCGCCGCGCCACCGCCGCAUGGGUCUCCGGAUAUGCAUAGCCAGGGUCAUGGUCAGCAGCAUCGACUUUUACAGCCACCCGGACGAGACGAGCCUGGACCCGGCCGUCGUGGAGCUGAUGAGGCGGUUCGAUGAGUUGAGGCCCGAGUUGGGCAAAGAAGAAGAAGCCGCCCUCGCCGCCUGGCGCAUGAUCACCGCCUUCUUCCUCCAGCCGGGCGCGCAGGACCACCACGCGCUGGUCAAGCCCUGCGUCGCGACGCUCGAGCGCAUCCUCGUCGUCUUUGCGCGGUCCAACUCCCCCACCGAGCGGGAGCUGCGCCUGUCGGGGAUCGCCGCCGUGUCGACGCGGGCCGUCGAGCUAGGCGAGAAGCUGUUUUGCCACGCGGCGCGCUGGCGGUUCGAGUGGCGACCGCCCGUGGAGGAGGUGGACGAGAAGCCGCACUACUACUCUGGCGGCCGGGACGGGAGGCGAAGCAUCGUCAUCUUCCCCGCCCUGCUGAGGAGCGACGACGACGGGCCCAAGAAGAGGGGCGGCAUAAACUACGUCAUCAUCAAGAGGAAGGCCGUCAGCGCGGGGAGCUUCUUCGACGUGCCCCCUCCGGCCGACGGGGACGGGAGCAGCAGCAGCAGUAGCAGUAGUAGCAGUAGCAGCGACGACGACGAUGCGCCUUCGAGGAAGGCGCCAAGCAGGGGGAGGGGGAAGAGCAGUUUUCUCGAAAGCAUAUACUCAAGUUACAGUUCCCGUUCGAUACGAAGUCUCUACCACAAGGCGCGGCACAAGUACCGGGAGCGGACGUCGGUGUGGUUCACCGUCGAGCUCAACAAGAUUGCCGACGGCUCGAACCUGCUACCGCCGCCGUCUGAGAGGUUCAAGACCAAGCUGGAGCGUCUCCGGUGUGGGGAAUGCGGGAGCGUAGUCGUCAAGGAAUACGGCCUCAGGUGGGCUGUGAACGGGUAUUUGCUCAAGAUUGUCCUGGUGGAGGCAACUAUAUGAUUCAGGGAAGCAGGCAGGGUUUGUUUUGUAGGCGUUUCUUUUUUCAUUUCCCCCCUCAACGUCACAAAGCAUAGCCUAUAUACGACAUGCCCACCUACACAUCAUAUCACCACCUCAGUCUGCAAAUCCCGUUGCCUUCUCCAACCUGCCCAUGACAUGCCCGACAAAUCACUCCUCCGAGUAGCUUUUCCUGGGUGCAGCUCAUACCCGUGUACCAGGUCCUCGC